CAGAUAGGAACCACCAUGGAUGUGGAACAAGUGAUCUACACGUUGUUGGAGGUGCUCAUCGCCGUCAGCUGCUGUCUGGGUAAUGCGCUGGUUGUGUUGGCGCUGUGGACCAGUAAGAGCAUUCACAAGCCCACCUACGGCCUCAUCGUCAGUCUGGCUGUGGCCGACUUCAUGGUCGGCUGUGGGGUCAUACCUCUGGCCGUGGUGAUGGACGGGCGAGUGGAGACUUCAUUCCACGGCUGUCUCUUCAUCAGCUGUGUGGUCGUCCUGUUGAGCCUCGUCUCAGUUUUGUGUCUUGCGGCUAUCGCAGUGGACCGCUUCCUCCGGGUGCAUCUCCCUCUCAGGUACAAAAGGACUGUCACACAGAGGCAUUCUCAGCUGGUGGUAGCAGCGUGUUGGCUUGUUGCAGUACCUCUGAGUUUUUCUCCCAUGUUUGGAUGGUACAACCAUAAAACCUUGUCCGAGUCCACCAACUCCACCAUAGUCUGCCAGUUUACAGCUGUGAUCCCCAUGUCAUACCUGGUUUACCUCAACUUCUUUCUCUGCACCCUCACACCUCUGCUGGUGAUGACCGUGCUGUACGGCUACAUCUUCUGCACCAUCCGAGGAACCCUUCGAGAGAAACCAGGCGACGGGCCCCAGAAACCGUGUCAGAACUACCUGGAGAAAGAGAAACAGCUGGCAGGCUCUCUGUCCCUGGUCCUGGCUCUGUUUGCCCUGUCCUGGCUCCCUCUCCACAUUAUGAACUGCAUCGUUUACUUUGGUGAGGCCAAGGAUGUACCAGGAACAGCUUUCCACGUCGGCCUCCUGCUCUGUCACGCCAACUCGGCUGUGAACCCAGUCGUGUACGCGUUCAAAAUAGAAAAGAUCAAGACGGCGUACCUGAAGCUUUGGAGACGGUACAUCACAUGUGGAGAAGAAACCCAAGCAUCUCCGACCUGCCCGACGACAGACAACAACCUCAGCAACAGUAACAUGAACAGCCUGGCCACAAAUUUGUGAAGCAAGAUUUCCUUUGUUGUUCUGAAUGAUUGAAUUAUUAUACAGGCGCGUUGAUGAAUACAAAUAUUAGACUUAUUUUUAUAAACA